GCUUGGUCCCCUCCGCCUGUCUCCGGAGCUGUGAGCAGCUCGGCCUGCCCGCGCCGCGAUGGAGGAGGAGCUGAAGUGCCCCGUGUGCGGCUCCCUGUUUCGGGAGCCCAUCAUCUUGCCCUGUUCUCACAACGUCUGCCUUCCUUGCGCUCGCACCAUCGCCGUGCAGACACCGGACGGGGAGCAGCACCUGCCCCAGCCGCUUCUGCACUCCCGGGGCUCGGGGCUACCCGCCGGCGCCGGCGCGGCGCCCCCUCUGGACCACGACGCUGCGGCGGGCCCGGCCUGCAGCGGCGCGAGCGGGAGCGCAGCCGGCGGCCUGGGCGGCGGUGCGGGAGGUGGCGGGGACCACGCGGACAAGCUGAGCUUGUACAGUGAGACAGACAGCGGUUAUGGUUCCUACACCCCCAGCCUCAAGUCCCCCAACGGGGUUCGCGUGCUGCCCAUGGUGCCUGCGCCGCCUGGCUCUUCGGCCGCCGCGGCCCGGGGUGCCGCCUGCUCCUCGCUGUCCUCGUCCUCCUCAAGCUCCAUCACGUGCCCGCAGUGCCACCGCAGCGCGUCCCUGGACCACCGAGGCCUGCGCGGCUUCCAGCGCAACCGGCUGCUCGAGGCCAUCGUGCAACGGUACCAGCAGGGCCGCGGGGCCGUGCACGCGGCGUCCGCAGCCGCUGCAGUGGCCAUCUGCCAGUUGUGCGACCGCACCCCGCCGGAGCCGGCCGCCACGCUGUGUGAGCAGUGCGACGUGCUCUACUGCGCUGCCUGCCAGCUCAAAUGCCAUCCAUCCCGAGGACCCUUCGCUAAGCAUCGCUUGGUGCAGCCGCCGCCGCCGCCCGCGCCCGCCGAGGCCGCCUCAGCAUCCCCAGGCGCGGCCCAGGGCGCCCCCAGCGGAGGCGGCGGCUGCAAGAGCCCGGGGGGCGCCGGAGCGGCGGGGGGCAGCUGGGCCCGCAAGUUCCCUACGUGCCCCGAACACGAAAUGGAGAGCUACAGCAUGUACUGCGUGAGCUGCCGAACGCCGGUGUGCUACCUGUGCCUGGAGGAGGGCCGUCACGGCAAGCACGAGGUGAAGCCGCUGGGAGCCAUGUGGAAGCAGCACAAGGCCCAACUGUCCCAGGCCUUAAAUGGGGUUUCCGAUAAGGCGAAAGAAGCAAAGGAGUUUCUGGUCCAGCUGAAGAACAUCCUGCAGCAGAUCCAGAUUCCAGGACACGCUGGAAUACCACCCGGCCCCCUGCUGCAGCUGGAGAAGUGCUGUACCCACAACAACAGUGUCACGCUGGCCUGGAGGAUGCCGCCCUUCACCCACAGCCCCGUGGACGGCUACAUCCUGGAGCUGGAUGACGGCGACGGGGGCCAGUUCCGGGAAGUGUAUGUUGGCAAAGAGACCUUGUGCACCAUCGACGGUCUGCAUUUCAACAGCACCUACAAUGCCAGGGUCAAGGCUUUCAACUCCUCCGGCGUCGGGCCUUACAGUAAAACCGUCGUCCUGCAGACUUCUGAUGUGGCCUGGUUCACCUUUGACCCCAACUCUGGGCACCGGGACAUCAUUUUAUCCAAUGACAACCAGACGGCCACCUGCAGCAGCUAUGACGACCGGGUGGUGCUGGGCACGGCGGCUUUCUCCAAGGGCGUGCACUACUGGGAGUUGCAUGUGGAUCGGUACGACAACCACCCAGACCCCGCCUUUGGGGUGGCCAGGGCCAGCGUGGUCAAGGACAUGAUGCUGGGCAAGGAUGACAAGGCCUGGGCCAUGUACGUGGACAACAACCGCAGCUGGUUCAUGCACUGCAACUCCCACACCAACAGGACGGAAGGCGGCGUGUGCAAGGGGGCCACUGUUGGGGUGCUCCUGGACCUGAAUAAGCACACUCUGACCUUUUUCAUCAAUGGGCAGCAGCAGGGCCCCACAGCCUUCAGCCACGUGGACGGGGUCUUCAUGCCGGCCCUCAGCCUCAACCGCAACGUGCAGGUCACCCUGCACACAGGACUGGAAGUGCCAACAAACCUGGGGCGGCCCAAGCUGUCAGGCAACUAGCCUCUCAGCUCGAGCUGCUCACCGGCAUCCGGGAAAAGCCCCAGCACCCCUCACUACGUUCAAAGAACCCAUGAGGGUAGGACGAUGAUGUCAUGGCUGCAGCCCCAGCAGCCACUGAGUAUCUUAGAGACAAGUGUUCUUUGGGAGACGCAGAACAGGUCUGCAAGCCAUGCUUGUUGAGGCAACUGGUUAGACUGGCCACUUGUGAAAGUGACCACUGGUCGGUGGUGAACGUGGGUGUGCGUGUCCCUUUCAUUCCUCCUGGACAUUGCAAAUACUCCCAAAGAAGGACCUUUCUCAAGGGAGUGAGAAAGCA